AUGGAGCUCCCAAGGGUUACAAAGAAGAUGCAAAACAUGAUAAAACCACUGGUAAAAUUUACAUAGGGCUUGCUCUUUGGAUUUUUACGAAAUGGCGUAACUGUACAAAUUUGGCUUUUUGAGAACACAGAUCUUUGCAUUGAAGGAAAAAUAAUUGGCUUCGACGAGUACAUGAAUUUAUAUCACUUUUCCAUAAUUAUUUCCAAAAAUUAUUAUCUCUCACCCUUUUUUUACCAGUUUUAA